AGAAACACCUUAUCAGUUAUCACGUCAUGGAUGAUGAUUCACGCCGGCUGGGCCUCAGGAUAUCUUUAUCAGUAAGCUCAACUGUUGUCAAGUCAGUGUCGACGUAGCAGCCAUGGGGGAUUCUGCACCAGACCCGGCUGUCAGAGAAAGCAUCAAUAAUGAGCUUCGGGAGCACUACCAGCGCAUGGUGGAUGCCUAUCGACCUGACCUGAAGAAUGAUAAGCCACCAGGGAAACCCAUCUUCCAUACUUUGAACCCUUGUCACCUCAAAGAACAACGGGAAAGAGACAGAAGAGAGGUCAGUGUGGCAGAUCUCCUGAAUUUUUCACACACAAAAAAGCACCAGGAGGAUGCAACCAAGUUACCUCGACACUUGCUGGUGCUGGGGCGUCCUGAGAGUGGGAAGACGGCCCUCUUUGCCCUCAUCCUGCACUACUGGCUUCAUGGCAAGCACAGGAUACACAAUCUUGUUAAAUUUGACUUCUUGCUGGCUGUCCAAUGUCUAGGAUUAGAGUCUCUCUCCUCUGAUUGUGAGACAACUACUGUGGAUCUAGAGAAGCACAUGCUGGAUCACCUUCCUAAAUCAGUUGAGAAGCAUGGUGAGGAGGUAGUGCGGCAGGCUAUGAGGAAGGCUAAGGUCCUCCUCAUGAUUGACUCACUGGACUUCCUGGAUAAAACCACUAUAGACAAGGAGACUUCCCUGUCUCCUUGGUCAGACAGUCGUGUGCUUCUGCUCUGUCGAUACAAAUUCAUGAAGGAUAAUAAUGAUCAUGCAUUUUUCUGUGAGCAAAGCGAAGACAACCUGGUGUUGAAACUCUGGGGUGGAUUGGCUCCUAAUCUUUUUCAACUUCCUGAAAACUCUCAUGAAGACAUUUCUGAGCUGGGUGGUGUAUUUUCAGAAAAUUUGUUAACAGAUUACUGCGAGAGAUUAUGCAAAUGUGAAAGACAGCAAGAAAACCCAUUUCAUGGAUAUUGCCAUUCAAAACUAAAGUACCUUUCAAUGGAUAUGAGGAAGCCAUUCAAUAUAUACUGGGCAAUGAAAGUUUUCUGUGGUAAUGCUGAUUUUGAUGUAAAAACACAAUCUGAGCUCUACAGUAAAUGGCUUGAAAUAUGGUCCAAGUCUUACAGGGCUAGUUUUCAUAGAUCAGAUGCAGAUGCUGGAGAUCUCACUAUCAAAGGAAUGUCUGUCCUGACUAAGUUGGCACAUAAUGCCUUCACCACAGAAAAUGAAUACAUCUCCCAUAAGGACAUCCAAGAGCAUGGUGAUUUGAUGGGUUUCUUAAGUCAUUUCCUGCUUCCUCAUUACAACCCUCAUGGCAAAAUUCAGCAUUUCACAUUUAGAAUAGCUGCUCAUAAGUUUUUUUUAGCAGCCAAGAAGAUAUUUACUGAAAUAGAAUAUGGCACAAGAGAUAUGGAAGAUAUGGUACGUUGUGAAGAAUUAAAAAAAAAUCAACAAAUGCUUCCAAUUAUCUUGGGAGUGGCCAAAGGAAUUGGUUCCUGUGACAAAUUAAAGGAGCAUUGCUUUGAAAUUGCACGUAUGAUUUGGGAUGAUCAUCGUACACACCAGUACAAUGACCCCAUCAUUAACUAUGUGGUUACUAUGCUAAGUGAGACAAAACAAUUCUCUGAAAAUGACAGUCAAUCUGAUCCAUUUGUAGAGAAGUUAGUAAAAACUCUGCCACAAGAUAACUGGUGCAUUGUGGAUGGAAAUGUGCACCCAGAGGCUCUCAAGGCCCUAUGUGAAUGUAAGUAUAACAAAGACAAUUGUGAACCUCAGAAGACUCAGAGGCUAAAUAUUAUUCUUGCUGGCUCCCCCAAGGAUGCACCAGGACUCAGAGAUGUCCUGACAGCAGUGCAGCAUUGUGAUAUACGAAUAAAUAUCACUGGUGAUCGCAGCUUCCUCAGAGGAGACGGAGAGUUGCCACUUGAUGAUGCUGUGUUGGGAUUGCACGGAAACGGCAAAGCAUCACUUGCCAGCAUCACCGGCUACCUUAAAGAGAUAAAGAAGCUUGAUGCCCAUCCUGCUACACGACGCACCUAUAAAGUCAGUUUGCGCAUCUGUACCAACAAUGAAUACACACAACUGCGUGACUUGUGCAAAAACAGCCGCAAGCUCAGUCGGGUGAUGCUUCGAAUCUCAUACAAAGCUGAAAUUGAUCCAAAGAAGUUGAAAGAGCUCCCAGUAAAUAUUUCCAACUUAACAGUAUUCCUUGAGGGUUUUGGGGAUGAAGAUGCAGACAAAGCGAUUAAAAUCUGGCGUGCCAUCCAGGGUAAAAUCAAAAGGCAGAUCAUGAAUUUGUGUUUCUGGGAUAUUUAUGAGAAUGAGAAGAGACUGAGUCCUGAAAGUAUCAAGAAGAUAAUCAAAGAUGACCUCCCAGGUACCAAAAUUGAAGUGCCUCUGGAACAGCCUGUGAGUUCCUUUGAUAAAGAUCAACUACAAGCAGAACUGAACAUGUUGCAGGAAGAUAAAUAUAUGAUCAAGUUUUUGGGUUCACCCGAACAUCCUAGAUUUGAUAUGAAAAAAGAAAAAAAAGGACACUGAAACACACUCAGUUUGACAUAAAAAAGCAACAUUGCAAUGAUAACUUCCAGUCAUUGCUGGAUAAGCCAGGAAAGUAUUAACCCAAAACUAAUCAAAUAAUGCUCAAUUUCAAGUGUUUAACAUGGAUAUAUUUCUUGUAAACUUCUACUAUUUUUCUCUCAUGUAGUUCUCCACCUUAUCAUUUCAUCUUACUUAUUUCUUCUUUCUAAUACCAGUCUCCCACCCAACCUGCAUCCUUGUAUCUGUUUCCAUACACUAGUACUGAUUAAUUCAUCACUCUGCAUUCAUCUCACAUCAACACCACCUCAACAUACCUUAAGACUACAUGCUCUUGUAACUCUCAGCAUUCUAACCUGUGAGCUUACCAGGUUUUCUUAACCCAGUAGCAGCGACGGGCCAAAUUUGUGGCUUUACCGUGUAGCAGCGACGGGAUAAAUUUGUGUCAUGACAUAAACCCCCCAAAAUAGAUGAUACAUAAUCUGCUCUCAAAUGCUUUGAUAUAUAUUAUGAAAUGAUUUGUGUGAGGGGUAAUUUUUUCUCAUUUUUCCCGCUUUGAGGGACCAUAAAGAAACAUGAUCCCCGCUGCUACCAGGUUAAGGACCUACUUUCCAUUUCAUAGAUCCUUGUUAGUUCCCUUUCACUAUACAACCAAGUAUCUGAGGCACGAGUUAAGGUUAGUACAUAAUAUUCUUCACUUCUUUUUCCUUUAAGAUUACUUGAAUUGUUAACUGCAUGAUGAUAGCCAACAAUUAUUAUGUUUAAGAAUGGGUGCAAUUUACUAUCUUACUUCUGCAUUAGAAGACUCUCUAGGGUAACUUUAUUUUAGAACUUUUUUUUUUUUUUUAAGUCCAUGAUGUGUUUCCCAUAUACAAAUCAUGCUAUGAUCCAUAAUGGUCCUUUACAAGAACUCCACUUACUGUACUAUUGUGACAUGAACCAAAAGGAUGUGGUAUCUUUCAGUUUUGCCCCUGAUGGAUACAUGCAUCUGUAUCUUCUUUGUAUGACAUACUUGUGCUACUUUGCAUAUUACUGAAAACUUGUCAUUAUGGUCAGCAGGAGAAAUUUAACAAUACUAGUGACAGUAACAACUCAAAAUAAAUAUAUUCCUCUUUAGGAAAAUACACAAGUUAGUGCACUGGAAUACCACCACUUGUGAAUUACUCUAACAUCCCAGGCACUUGCCCUGAACAUUAUGUUGCUUAUGAAGGGCUCUGGAGAUUUUGAUUAUGUUGUUAGGAACAGGAAUACAAGACAAUCUGUAGUCUUUGAAAUGAACAAGUUUUUCAAAUCA